AAACCGGUAGCCCGAGCUGUCUACACUCCCCGCAAGUGCGCAUCACAGAGUCGAAGAAAUGGCCAACAUCGGGACAAUCUUUCGCAGCUUCAUUGAUGCAGUCAAUCAGGGGCAGUGGGCUCAAAUUGCUCGCUUUUUCGACUCGCAUCUUUGCUACAUGGAUCACCGCGUCACCUUGGAAGACUACAUUUCUUCGUUAGAAGGCUCGGCUUCAAUCUUCCAGCCUAAGAAGACCAUCGACGUCCUGGUCCAGGACGACGAAUCAGGCCAGCUGGGGGCCAGACUCAUCGUCAGGGCCACCCCCACGCGGGCUCUAGAAGACGGAGAUCCGGCUGGGCAACCCAUCGAAUUUCCCGAGCACGUCAUCUGCAAGUUCGAGGAUGGCAGGAUCACAGAUAUCAAAUCCAUAACGGACAUGGACGUGGUUCGCGAGGGCCUAUCUCACAUUGAACCAUCGUCUGAAACCGGUCCACGCGUUUCCGACAGCGCAAACGUCGACUUGGCUCAGAUGUACACCUCCUACAUCCGCUGUAUCAAUAACCAGACGAUGGCUACCGAGCUACACAAGUACUGCCAACCUCAUGUGACCUGGUGCGGUCGCCAACUGGCACUGGUCGAGUAUCGGAUGUUGAUGGAGGACAGCUUCUCGGCGAUAUCAGGUCUGGUGUUCAAGGUUCGUCAUCUGGUGGUGGAUAAAGAGAGGCAGCAACUUGCGGUCAGAAUCGAGUUCAGCGGAACACCCGUCAAGGACUAUGCUGGCGUCGAGCCGAAUGGGAAGGCGGUAAACUUUGCGGAACAUGCAUUCUACUGGCUGGAAGACGGGAAGAUCCGCAGAGUGUCGACUGUGAUCGACUGGGACGCCUACAGAAGGCAGAUGAGAGAGCCCUGAUUAGUUGCUGAACUGUUAGAUGGAUUUGUACACCAAUAAUUCCCCCACUGCCAAUCAAUCACAUUUGAACUGAGUUUAAAACUAUUGUGAGAAAUGUCUCAAAAAUUGCAAGCCAUUAUCCGUAAAAGCCCAAGCUACAAGUUGAUGUGUACAUACAAGAUAAACCUUC